GUAGAAGACGAAUAACCGUCGGUAACGGUUCUGUUCGAAGAAGCGGAAAACCGAAACUGGAAACUCCUCACAAUUUCCAAAAUAAUUCGUACAUUCAAGACCAUACUGUAACUCAAAAACCUACAGUUGCAAUACCGGACAAGCUCCUUCUUGCUUYCCUCGAGKCUAUGAUUGCUUCCACAAUCGCGAGACAACAAGCUAAGYAGUUCCUGUCCCCAACCAGACGAACUCUAUCGUACCUUGCACUCGAAACAGAAAAAGGUCACCGGUCACACCUCGCAAAAGAAACCAUCAUGUACGGCAAGCACCAGCGAUAUCGUUGUGGUUCUCACGAACAGCUUCGCAAUCGAUUCCGCGUCCAAGAUUGCGGAAUCUACAGCAAAGGAUUCGACCCCCGCAUCUUGUCCAACGACACUUUCAAGAGCAAGGACAAGGACAAGGACAAGGACAAGGACAACGACUCGUUGUGGGACGAAGACGACGCAAUUCCGGAAAAAGCCGCCAUGUAUCGCCUCGACCCAAGCCGGAGCUUCCAUCCGUCUUCUUCUCCCUCUUCCCAAUCGGACAGCGAGAGCGACGAAGAGCAGCCGAACGAUUACCUUUCCCAAGGGAAUCGCAACAACGAUAGCUAUGGCCGCAAAGACCACCGGGGUGACGCAUCUUUCUCGAUUUCUUCCUCUGCUUCUUCGGACGAAGAAGAUUCCACGGUUUCGGUCCGAUCGGUAGUGGAAAUYAUCGAGGAUUUUAUCCUACAGACAGUGGUUGAGCCAUUGUCUCGGGAUCCGAAUCCAUCCGUACCGGAGAUCAACGYCACCGUCGAUGCCAUUGGGUUCAAGCGCAAGCUGUCCCUGCAUCAUCUCACCCAGGCACGAUCGCUGACCUCCAUUCUCAAGGUGGCAGCCUUUUGCUACGACCUGCUGGCUCCCGAAGACAAAGAAGAACACGAAGACGGACACGAGCGUGACGCUGCGAACGGGAAGGGGGACGGUUGCCGGGUUYGGUACAGAACGCGAAAAACCACGACCACGCGAGAAGUCUAUUACUUCUACGUGACCUAUUUUCGAGACCAGAGAGAAUGCGACAAGGCUAUUUGGGACUUGGUGUGCAUCCUUGGAUUGCCCUCGAGGCAAUCCCUGGGYCUGGUGGCAUCGCCAAAGGGCUGGUUUUGCGGUUCGAUCGAUGUCUACAACGCCCGCACCGGCGAGCUCAGGUUCAACGGGAGGGAUCUCGAUGCGCACGGAAUGGCCAUUACUCCCUCGACCUACGACAGCUACUCCAGCGACUUCAAUUUCAGCUACCUCUGCAAGGACGACAAGCRCGCCGACGAUCCUCUCCCCAUUCAAAGCGGUAGCGGCAUUCGAAUCGAAAGCGACGCAAAAUGCAUCCUGGUCAUCGAGAAGGAAGGUGUGUACACCCGAUUGUCCGAGGACAAAUUCUUUUUAAGAUACUUUCCUUGUAUAUUAGUUACCGGUAAGGGCUUUCCUGAUGUGGCAACUCGUCGUUGGGUGAAGAGGAUGCAAAAGACACUCAAAAUACCGGUCUAUGGAUUGUGGUAAGUUGCUUUGGGUUGGGUUCGGUCGGUGCGGUAUAAAGCAAGGAAGGUUUG